GCCUCGAGGACGAGGAAGCUCCCGUCACCUGCCUCGAGCGUACCUGUCUGCGUCCGACCCGUCCAAUCGCGUCCCUCAGUCUAUCAUGCGGUCUCCCGAACGUGUAUACAGUCUUGCUCGGGGCCCUGGCCGCUUGAGCGGCGGACACGCUGCGUCUUAUCAUAACCCAAUCCCAAUCGCCUGCCGCCACUGGCACACAUUUGCGCAGGUACUUAGUGGGGACCGUCCUCUCCGGCGUUACUCGGUUUCGCGAAGGUCUACGGAACUCUACGCUCCUGCUGUGUGCGACGCUCACUCGUCGAGACCAUGUCUACUGCGCUUCACAUCAACACGAUCCACGACAUCAUCACCGCCGUCGAGAAGAGCGACUCGUCUCAUGGGAUCUUCACCUCCAACUCCACCAUGCGCAAGCGCGCGCGGUAUCUGUGCGCCGAGGCGCAUACGCUCCUCUCGAUGCUGAAGUUCCGGGGCGAGAUGGACGCCGACGCGAAGGCAGAGUACGAGUACGUCUAUGCCUGGUGCGUGCAACCGUCCUCGCGCAGUCUCCACUCGACUGACGGCCAUACGUCUCCGCGAUCCCGACCCCCCUCCAGCUACCAACGAGCUGGAUAUCACACAAACGCGAGGGUGCAGCUCGAAGCCGCGCAGGAUCUCUGGUCGUUCGCUCUUGUACGUCCGCACCCUCCCUCCGCCCGUUCGCACUCAACCGGUAGCGCCAGAGCCAAGCCCGGGACACGUCCCACUACCUCAUCACCGAAGCCAGCCGCGCAAGUCGGUCCCUCCGCGCGCACAGCAACCCGCCCCGCGCUCCCGUCGUACCGCCGGAGACCCCGCACCGGCAGCACGCCACGCCUCCCCCCGUAGUCCCGCCGCCCAUCCCCGAUGCCAGACAGUGUCCUACGGCUCCCGUCGUCCCACCGCCCUCCCUCAGACCCAGCAGGGAGCGACGCGCCCCGCAUAUACGCAGUCCACACCGCGAGGCGAGCCUCCGACUGCACGCGCGCAUCGCCGGCCUGCGGGUGCGAUGGUCUGGCCACACCCGCCCCCGGUGCAAGCGUUCGUGCCGGUCCUGGCGAUGUAUCCCGC